CUUCCGGCCGCGGGCUGGCCUUCGGCGGGGGCCGGCGCGCGGCGCGGGGAGUGCGGGUUCCGGCCGCCGGUCGCGAGAUUGAUCAGGACCGGUAAGAUGAGUCUACGGAAGCAAACUCCCAGUGACUUCCUAAAGCAGAUCAUCGGACGACCAGUCGUAGUCAAACUAAACUCUGGAGUGGAUUAUCGAGGGGUCCUGGCUUGCCUGGACGGCUACAUGAACAUCGCCCUGGAGCAGACGGAGGAGUAUGUGAACGGCCAGCUUAAGAAUAAGUACGGGGACGCCUUCAUCCGCGGGAACAACGUGUUGUACAUCAGCACACAGAAGAGAAGGAUGUGAGGACGCCGGGGCCGCUUUUCCUACGUGGAUGGAUUUUUUCUAUGAAAUGGUUUGCUUUUGUGAUAUGAUUUGUCUGAGUUUUUCUACUAGUUGAUUUCUUCCGAUGUGAACAAGAUAAAGGUAUAAACGUGC